AUGGCGGACUCGAUGAAAUGCAACUCUUACAACCACAACCUCAGCGUCAGCACCACGGGCAGCCGAGGGCAGAGUGGUUGGCAGGAAGAGGACUGUCAACAGAAAGCCUCCGAUUCGGUGGCCAGGCUGAUUAUGAGCAUGAUGAUACAAGACCAGUCCCCUACUUUUGUCAGCGUGCAGACGCUGGGCGUGUCAUGCAACCGACGUGAACAGCCACAAGCAGAGGCAGAAGCAGGCAAGGAAUAG